AUGGUUCGAAAUAUCGUCGUCAUUGGGGGCACUUCCCACCCCCAGUUGACUCAGACGAUUUGUGGCAUUCUUGGGAUUCCUCAAGCCGACGUGCUACUGUCAAAGUUUUCUGUCGGCGAGACCAGGGUCGAGAUCAAAGAAUCCGUCCGUGGGAAAGACGUCUACAUUCUUCAAUCCGGCGGCGGAAAAGUGAACGAUCACCUUUUGGAGCUGCUUAUCACCAUUUCGGCCUGCAAAACUGCCUCCGCAAGAAGAGUCACCGCUGUUCUUCCCCUCUUUCCAUACUCCCGCCAGAGUGACAUUCCUUACAACAAGACUGGAGCUCCUCUAGUCAAAUCGUCAGUCGAUGGAAAGACAGGACCCGCAAACGGUUAUACUUUUGAAAGUACCCCCCCAACACCUCAUCCAGGAAAGCCUGAGAGCGGCAGCCUGUUGAAUGGCGUUGAUAAUCUACAAAAGAGUCUCGCAAGGGCGCAAAUAGAAGAGUCUAACGGCAGCCCGGUCAAGAAACGCCAGCCUAACGGAAUCACCCGCAGUGACACCCUCGACUCAUUCAAAUCGGAGAGCAGCAGGUCUACACUUCUUAACGGAAAUGUUAGUGAUGACAGUCAAAACAAAAUCACCAACUUCCAGCCUCAGCCCGGAUACAAGCAAUGGGUGGCUCAGGCGGGCACCCUUGUGGCAGAUCUACUCACUUGUGCUGGUGCGGACCACAUCAUCACGAUGGAUCUCCAUGACCCCCAGUACCAGGGAUUCUUUGAUAUCCCUGUCGACAACCUCUACGGGCGUCCUCUUCUGAAGAACUACAUCAUGCGAAACAUCCCCAACUAUAAGCAAGCCGUCGUCGUUAGCCCAGAUGCUGGUGGUGCCAAACGAGCGACCGCGAUUGCAGACUCUAUGGGUAUGGAGUUUGCUUUAAUCCACAAGGAACGACGCCCUACAAAAAUUACAGACCGCCAAAACGCUACCAUGAUGCUAGUUGGUGAUGUGAAAGAUCGCAUAACCAUUCUAGUUGAUGACCUCGCAGAUACGUCGAAUACUAUCACUCGAGCAGCCAAGCUUUUGAAGAAGGAAGGAGCUUCGAAAGUCUAUGCACUCGUAACACACGGGAUCCUAAGCGGUGACGCUAUUGAUCGCAUCAACGCUAGCGCUCUCGACAAGGUUGUCGUGACCAACAGCGUUGAUCAGGCAGACCACCUGCGACGCUGCCCCAAACUAGAGGUCUUGGAAGUCGGCCACGUUUUUGCAGAGGCCAUCCGUCGUGUCCACCACGGAGAAAGUAUCAGUGCUUUAUUCCAGUAUGACUAG